AUGGUACGGGAUGAAGCACCUCCAAGUCCAAUAACACCCAGCCCUCGGCAGACCAAUGGCACUUGGCAGAGACCCACUCAGACUGCAACCGACAACAGUGGCCAUGCCAGCACAAGUGACAGAGAUGAGGAGCGCAGCAGAUUGCGCUGGGCAAUCAAUAUCAAGAAGUGGACUCCAUGGGACGACGAGUGGCUAUUCCUCCUGGACAUGCUUCCGGAGGAGGACCAAAAAGAGGUGGAGUCCUUCAAGUUCAAGGACGACCAGAAGCGGGCAUUGGUGAGCAGGCUACUGCAGCGGCAGUGUGUGGCAGUGGCGCUGGGGAUCCCUUGGGAGAAGGUGCUCAUUAAGCGCACCAAGGGCCGCAAACCAUUUGUCAUCAACAAGGGUCUUGACAAGACUCACGCGCCCAACUUCAACUUCAAUGUCUCGCAUGAGGGGGAUUUUGUGGUGCUGGCGUCGGAGCCCAUCUCCAUCUGCGGCGUGGAUGUGGCUGCGCCUCAGCAGCUGCGCGCGCGCGGUACCCAGCAGAAGCUGACCAUCCCGCAGCUCAAAUCCAUCUUCGACAAGCAGUUCACGCCCUAUGAGUGGGCUUCCAUCGACAAUGCCGGCAGCGGCGAUGAGGCGAAGGAGUCCAUGUUCAGGAGGCUUUGGAGCCUUAAAGAGGCGCUGGUGAAGGCUCGAGGGGAUGGGCUGGGCUUCGAUCUGUCUAAGGCGGAGUUCCAUUUUGAGGACGGCAUCCGCAGCGACACCGCCAGCGUCUGGAUCGACGGCAGGCAGCAGACAAGGUGGCGAUUCUUCCUGCAGGAGCUGUCGGACGGGCACUGGGUGUCGGUGGCGCGCGGCCCCCCCGAAAACAUCGUGGACGCCUGGCGGGAGUUCACGGGCACCCUGCAGGAACCAGACAUCCCCGGGGCCAAGUUCCAGGAAGCACUGGAGGCGCCCAACCCAGCUUUCACGAUGUUGGGCAUUGCUGACAUCAUCCCACAGCGGCUGCGUGAUGACUACGCAGAUGCUGCUGGCCAAGCAUGAAUUGAGCUUGUGGCGAUGAUGGCCUUACAAACAUCUUUGCGGAACAAUAAGAUUACCAUCGCAGAUUUGUAUAUACAUAUAUGUAGAAUACUUAGGCCAAUAUUGCUUUUAGAUUAAUCAUUCCUGAAUAG